CUACAAACUUACAACCAUGAAAUUCGCCGUUGUCGUGUUAGCGUGUAUGGUAGUUGCGUCUCAGGCGCAGUUUCGUGGCAGCAACCCCUUCAACCGGAACUCGCCGUUCAAGAGUCAACCGUAUAGGCCUGCCCCUGUCGCCCCCGUUCCGUCCAGAGUAUCUUACAGCGGCGAUGCGCGUAAUGCCCAGAUCUUGAAGGCGGAUAGCGACAUUGGACCUGAUGGCUCCUACAACUACUACUAUGAAACCGACAACGGCAUUGCUGCGCAAGCGCAGGGUACCCCCCGCAACUUCGGCGGCAAUCCUCCAUUAGUCCCUGUAGUUGCCCAGGGGUCCUUCUCCUGGACAUCUCCUGAAGGUGUCCCUGUAGCCAUCACCUACGUCGCUGAUGAGAAUGGUUACCAGCCACAGGGUGCUGCCAUUCCUACCUCACCGCCCGUACCUCCCCAGAUCCUCCGCGCCCUCGAGUACAUCGCCAGAUCCGCUCCAAGGAAAUAAAUCCCAACGAUAUCCACGAAUCUCUCUUUCAUAGCUAAAAUGCCUCCAAUACUCUUGAAACGUUAUAAUUUUAUAUUUUAAAAUAGGCGCCUUGUACCAAGUAACAAGUUCUACGUAGAAAAAUAUAUCAAUAUAAAAAUUAUUGUAAGAAAAGUGCCAUUGUAAAUAUACGAAAAUAAAAAAUUUA